AUGGUGCUAUGUUGCUCGCGAGGUGCGAAACACGUAGGAGAGGAUGUUUGGAGCGAUCUUGGCAACGCUGCGUACACAGGCAAUUUGCCUCGCAUGAUACAGCAACUGAGCAACGGCGGCGAUGUCACCGCAGCAGAUGCGAAUGGUUUCACUCCAAUUCAUCGUGCAGCACAGUCGGGGAACUUCGAGGCAGUGCAGCUCCUCUUAAAAUGUGGCGCUGACGCCCGUUGUUCAGCAACGAAUGGAGAGACGCCUCUUCACAUUGCUGCUUUCCACAGAAACGCAAAAACUGUCAAGCUCCUGCUGGAGACGGACGCGAAGGCGGACGUCAACAAGCAAAAUACGGAUCACGGCAUGACGCCGCUGCAUGUUGCAGUCUACAGGGGUUGCCCCGAAAUUGUCGACCUCCUUUUGGCAGCCGGUGCAAAUCCCGAUAUCACUGCAAAGGGCCAGACGACCCUGAACUUAGCGGAAUUUGGGAAUUCACAAGAGUUGCAAGGACGCUCUUCACCCUCCGCCAAACACCACGAUACUCUUCUUCUGCUUCAGAAUCGACUCAAGUCUUGAACCAUGUGAUUUCAGAGAGCUUGAAUCGAACGCGACAAAAAGUACACAUUCACCCUUGGGCGCAUCUGUUGGGGAAAGGAUAGCGCUUCAGUGUGGGACGUGCAAACGCGGGUUUUGCAGAGUUUAUCCCGACUUGUGGACGGUGCCUUGUGCGCAAUGCCCCGGCGGGGGUGCAGCCACCACUGAGUCGUCUUGUUUCCCGCGGUGUUCUUGUUCUGUCGGCAAUUCAUGCAACCGCUGCAAUGGAACCCCGUAACAAUGUACUUUUUUGUUUUA